UUCCAAGGCUCUUACUGGUGAAAGACUUUUCUACAUUGGCCACUGAAAAUGUAAGUCUUUUUCUCAGAUUUCACCAGAUCAUUGAUACACACAUUGUAGUUCUACUGGAAUGCAUGUAUAUGCAUGCACUAUGUUCGCUUCCUUCCCCUAGACCGUUUCACUUAAAGUAAAACUAACCGCAAUCUUGACCAAUGGGCAAGAGAGAAAUAAUAGACAAUCUUCAGAUUUAGAAUAAAAUAACAGUUAUCUUUACAAAAUGUUAUUAUGUUUUUAUUAGAACAGAGUUCUGUAUUCACUGAUUAAUGUUAAAGUCAAAGGAAGCGAUGAGGCUGUGUUAAAGUCCUACACUGAGUUUAUCAUGAAAGCUGCUUCACAUUUAAAGCUUGAUAUCUCUGGAAGGUACAUGGUAGAAAAUAAAUGUUCUAGACAAACGUAGUACCGCUGCUGCAUGUGCAUCAUCAGGCUUGAGAAACCUCAAAAUAUUUGUGGGGCAUGAAGGCGUGUCUUUUACGUGUAUACUAGCACCAAUUCCGCUUGGAUCUUUGGCUUUUAAUUUUAACUGAAAGGUCUCAUUUGAAUUUCAAUAUUGUCAAAACGGUCUAAGGUACUUGAAAGUAAACAUUCACCCAUAUUAUUAGAGUUUUUUGUGUUAUUCAAACCGUCUUAAUAAAACAAGGCAUCAUUGUACUCACACGAUUCUAGAACAUAUGUUGCCUGUUACCUCACGCUCCACAACAUUUAAUUGUAGUUGUAGCUUUGGUUUUAAAAAGCCUUGUUAACCCCUCAAGAAAUCUAAGCAAAUGACUGUUUGCUGCGAGGGAAAUAUGCUGCAACCAAUCAGAAGGACUACCCUGAUCUGGGUAGUGACACGUCAUCAGUAUAGAAUUUCUUUGCUUGUUCCUCUGACGUCAUUUCGCGGGGAAACCAGUGGUGACGUUCCGGGCUGUUUUCUCAGGCAAACGUACUCUUUUCUGAUUAUCUGUAGGAUUCUACUACCUACAUCCAUUCAAAGACACACAGUUUUAAAAUCUCCUCAUAUUUACAAGAAACACAGGGCUCAGUAUGAGAUAAGAACACAUGCAAGAAUGUUACAGGUAUGUGUUGGUUACAUCCUGAAUAGGAAUGUUGGUGACUGUGACUUAUGUUUUGGCAAUCUCUGCAGAAGGUAAAAUCACAGAGUAAAAGUUAAUAGUGUAUCAUCAGUAAUGAAGGCAUGCGUGGAAUACCGUAUUACUCGAUUAAACGCUGCGGCGUUGAUUAAUUUUUUUAGCUCUUCCGAUUCUGCAAUUAUUGGAGGGCGGCAUUUAUUUGAAAAUCACAUUUUUAAAAUCACUGACAACAAUUACGAUAAAUCGACCAUUUGCACCUAAAUAUUGUGCAAGAACAGAAAAAAGUUUAAUACUCCAAUGUAUCGGUUUUUACGUGAGGUAAUUCUGUGUUUUUCACAACAUGAAGGUAUAUAAAAUAGUAAAUUAGUAAAUGAAUAAAUAAAUAGGGUGUAAAACUCUUCUUUUUUUUUUCUUUAGGUUAAAAAUGUAACUGGUGAUACAGCAGAUACGUUCCUGGAGUACAUCCAACGGAACAUCCCCGAAGGUGUCAGCAUGAGUAUUGAACAAACAGCGCUGGAGUCGCUGCCUGAGUUCCUAAAACCGCCUCCUCAAGCACAAAUUUUCACUGAAUUAAAAGACAGUUAGCCAAUGUAUGCUGAGGACAGCUUAAGGACAUGUUGAAAUGUAUAAAUAUGAAGAGAAAGGCAUGAACCACCAGUAGAGUUAAAUGCCUGGCUGGAUUAGCAAACAAUCCUACACCCUCCCCACCUCCUGAAAUAUCUGGUUCUGAUUGGUAAGAAAAUAUUUUGUGGCCAAUUAGAGGAGCUCUCCGCGUGAAGACCAGCUUCAGGCGCUGGGUAAACCAGGAAAUAUUUUUUCAAACUCCAAGUUUAGGUCCUCUAGAGGAAAAACGAAUUCGACCUCGGCCAAAAACAGCUGUGUAAGCAACAUUCGUUUCUCGCGCGGCUGAGCUGAUAAACGUUUUCGUUCGCAACAAUGCUUUCUAUUUUAGCCUGGUCUUG